AUGUGUGGACAGGAGUCAGUGCGUUAUCUUUCACCAGAAGAAAUGGAAUUGGAAAAUUACAACAGAAGUUUUGCUGGAUCUCCUGUUGCUCCCACCCCCGGUAAUAUUAGAAAGGUGCGGCUGAGCUUUACCGUUUGGUCGACGUAAGC